AAAUCUAGGAGGACAUUGUUCCUGUAUGAAAGCCUUCACUUGGGUGGUGGGCAGGAUGGUGUUGGUGGAGGACAUUGGCAGGGCUCUUGGACAUGUUCAUGGUGCUCAUGAUAACCUGCAAUUUCAUUGGAGGGAUGGCCUUUGGUGUCUCCUGAAUAGUGGGAGCUGUAGCUGUUUAUGGAGGUGGGAGCUUGUCUGUGUAAGUGGGCAGCCCAGUCACACACACACAUAUUUUCACUCAUCUAUGUGUAUAGAUGAGUCAUCAUAAUACCCGCUUUCCUGUUUUAAAGUGCCAUUGUCACCGUCCAAUGCCAAUACUACUAAAAAGCUUCCAUGGAAACAGAGGACGAGGAAAGCAAUAUCGAUCUUUCCCAGCUAAAGCAUCAUCAUCAUUAUCAUCAUCAUUAUCCUGCUUUCUUCUCUUUAUCGAGAUCCAAAGUGCCGUUGUCACCCUCCAAUGCCAAUGCCGCUCAAAAGUUUCCGCCUAAACAGAGGACGAGGAGGAGAAAGACAAUGGAAGCUUUUAAAGGCUUAAAAGGCAUGUUCCAUCUCCCUCAAAGGCUGUGCAUAUAAUCAUUAUCGCAAGGUAUGGAAACUGAUGUCAACCUGUGGUUUUUAAGCUUUUCCCCCGGAAACCCGAAUUGCGCAAAAUGUGUGUUCUUCGGAACGGAAACCGUGUGACUUGUGGCAGUUUCUCCACAAAGAAAGAGACUAGGGUGACUUCUCCCUUUCAGAGACGGAGAGAACGAGAAGGAAGCAAGGUCUUUCCCUUUUCCUUUCCUUAUCUGCAAAGAGAAAAAGAGAGAUGGGUCCCCUCUUCUUGGCCGCCGUUAUGGCCACCAUGGCGUCCUUAUCCAGCGCAGCGGAUCUGGCCUUGGAAGGAGCCUGGAGAGGAUGGAAGGGCCUCCACCGCAAGGAAUACCUCGAGGAGGAGGAUGCUUUCCGCCGCUCCGUCUGGGAGAAGAACUGGCAGCGGAUUGCGCAGCACAACAUGGAGGCUUCCCUGGGGAGACACAGUUUUCGCCUAGCUAUGAACCACUUAGGAGACUUGACAGACGAAGAGUUCAAUGAGAAGCUAAAUGGCUUCUAUCUAGAUCCGGCCCCGAAGUACGGGAAGGGAGUUGCCGUUUUCCAAGGGCCGUCCAUCCGGGAGGUUCCCAAAGAGGUGGACUGGCGUCUCAAAGGCUACGUCACACCAGUGAAAAGCCAGGGUCAUUGUGGGGCAUGUUGGGCAUUCAGCGCCACAGGAGCCUUGGAGGGUCUACUCUUCAACAAGACGGGGAAGUUGGUGCCACUGAGUGAGCAAAACCUUAUUGAUUGCUCCUCGAAAAUGGGGAACCAUGGAUGCCGAGGAGGAUACAUCACCAAGGCCUUUGAGUACGUCAGUGAGAAUGGAGGCAUUGACUCGGAGCAGGACUAUCCCUAUCUGGAGCAGGAGGCAUCGGGAUGCCGUUACAAUGCUCAGACGCGGGUGGCCAACUGCAGCUCCUUGGUACGAAUCCAAUCCGGCAGCGAAGAGGCCCUGGAACACGCCGUGGCCACCGUUGGGCCUGUUUCCGUCGCGGUGGACGCCCAGAGCUUCUUUUUCCAUUUCUACAAAUCUGGAGUCUUUUCCAGCAGCUGGUGCAGCCAAUGGGUGAACCAUGCCAUGUUGGCAGUUGGCUACGGCACAAUCCAGGACGGAGGAGCAAAUACCGAUUACUGGAUCCUGAAGAACAGCUGGACGGAGAACUGGGGUGAAGGGGGCUACAUGCGAUUGGUCAAAGGAGCUGCCAAUCACUGUGGUGUGGCCAAUCAGGCCAGUUACCCCACCCUCUAAUGGGGAAAAGGCUGGAGCCAAGAACUCAGUUUUGUUUGGGUUUUUUAAAAACUUUCUUCCGAGCUUUGGAGACUGAAACAAUAUCUAUCUAUCUAUCUAUCUAUUGUCGAAGGCUUUCAUGGCCGGAAUCAUUGGGUUGUUGUAGGUUUUUUCAGGCUAUAUGGCCAUGGUCUAGAGGCAUUCUCUCCUGACGUUUCACCUGCAUCUAUGGCAAGCAUCCUCAGAGGUAGUGAGUAUCUAUCUAUCUAUCUAUCUAUCUAUCUAUCUGUUUAAAAAUUGUGGCCACUUGCAUCAGAAAUAAAAAUAUUGAGAAAA